AUGGACCAGGUGAUCCUGGAGCAGUUCCUGAUCAUCCUGCCCUCGGAGAUGGAGAGCUGGAUGUGGCGACCCUCUGUGAAGAUGGAAGCUAACUUCUCUGAGGCGGAAAGAGCUUCAUCAGAGGACGGGCAGAGAGGGCAGGUCCAGUUGGAGGCGACCCAAAAGAAGGGGAAGGAGAUGGAAGAGAAGGACGCAGAAUCUCCUGGAACUGACAAGAGAGCAAGGAAAGGCCCCCAUCCCAUCCAGGCUGGGAGUGGUGUUCAAUUCUGGGAAAGAGCUGUGCCAGAAAUCCUGGCUCAGGACACUGUGAUCACUGAUGAACAUUGCCAGCGUUUCCGGCACUUCUGCUACCAUGAGGCUGAUGGGCCCCGAGAGGUUUGCAGCCAGCUCCAUAAACUUUGCAACCGCUGGCUGAAGCCGGAGAGGCACACCAAGAAGCAAAUCAUGGACCAGGUGAUCCUGGAGCAGUUCCUGAUCACCCUGCCCUCGGAGAUGGAGAGCUGGAUGUGGCGACCCUCUGUGAAGAUGGAAGCUAACAUCUCUGAGGCGGAAAGAGCUUCAUCAGAGGACGGACAGAGAGUGCAGGUCCAGGUGUGUGCCCAAGAUGCCCUCUCACCUGGUGAGAAAUUGUUUGAAUGCUCAGUAUGUGGAAAGAAAUUUGGUUCGAGGAGGAAUCUUCUACGGCAUCAAAUAAUCCACACAGGGGAGAAACGUUUUGAAUGCUCUGUAUGUGGAAACAAAUUUCGUUCGAGGAGCAAUCUUCUACGGCAUCAAAUAAUCCACACAGGGGAGAAACGUUUUGAAUGCUCUGUAUGUGGAAACAAAUUUCGUUCGAGGAGCAAUCUUCUACAGCAUCAAAUAAUCCACACAGGGGAGAAAACGUUUGAAUGCUCAGAAUGUGGAAAGAGAUUCCGUUCACGUGGCAAUCUUCAAAUUCAUCAAAGAACCCACUCUGGGGAGAAACCUUUUGAAUGCUUAGAGUGUGGAAAGAAAUUUACUGUUUUUGCCAGUCUUCAAAUUCAUCAAAGAACCCACUCUGGGGAGAAACCGUUCAAAUGCUUAGAGUGUGGAAAGAAAUUUACUGAGUGUGGCAAUCUUAAAAAGCAUCAAAGAACACACAUAGAGCAGGAACCGUUUGAAUGCUCAGAGUGUGGAAAGAAGUUCCGUUGCAAUCGCAGUAUUCAACAGCAUCUAAGAACCCACACAGGUGAGAAACUUUUUGAAUGCUCAGAAUGUGGAAAGAAAUUCACUACAAAUUCCAAUUUUCAAAUGCAUCUAAGGACCCACAUAGGGGAGAAACCUUUUAAAUGCUCAGAAUGUGGAAAGAGAUUCAGUCAGAGUGGCACUUUUCACGUACAUCUAAGGACCCACACAGGGGAGAAACCUUUUGAAUGCCCAGAGUGUGGAAAGAAAUUCACUACAAGUUCCGGUCUUCAAAAGCAUCUAAGAACCCACACAGGGGAGAAACCUUUUCACUGCUCAGACUGUGGAGAGAGAUUCAGACGAAGUGACACUCUUCAGGUGCAUCAAAGAACCCAUACAGGAGAGAAAUCAUUUCAGUGCUCAGAGUGUGGAAAGAAAUUCAGUCACAGUUCCAGUCUUCAACAGCAUCAAAGAACCCACACAGGGGAGAAACCUUUUGAGUGCCCAGAAUGUGGAAAGAAAUUAACUAUGAGUUCCAGUCUUCAAAUGCAUCUAAGGACCCACACAGGGGAGAAACCUUUUGAAUGCUCAGAGUGUGGAAAGAGAUUCAGUCACAGUUCCAGUCUUCAAAGGCAUCUAAGGACCCACACUGGGGAGAAACCUUUUGAAUGCUCAGAAUGUGGAAAGAAAUUCACUGUGAGUUCCAAUCUACAAGUGCAUCUAAGAACCCACACGGGAGAAACCUUUAACUGCUCAAACUGUGCAAAGAAAUUCACUACAAGUUCCGGUCUUCAAAAGCAUCUAAGGACCCAUACAGGAGAGAAAUCAUUUCAGUGCUCAGAGUGUGGAAAGAAAUUCAAUCAGAGCAGCAAUCUUCAACAGCAUCUAAGAACCCACAAAGGGGCCUCACAGCUGUGA